AUGUUGGACGGUCUGCUCAGUCGAGGAUUCGCCGCGAAAUGCAAAUCGUUGAUCAAAUUGACGAAGAAUCGGAUCGAUGUGAUAAGGCGGAAGCGGAAGGCGACGGAGAAGUUUCUGACGAAGGACAUCGCUGAUCUGCUGGCGAAUGGUUUAGAUGUUAAUGCUUAUGGAAGGGCCGAAGGACUCUUUGUUGAGUUGACUUUAUCAUCUUGUUAUGAUUUUGUUGAACAAUCUUGUGACUUUGUAUUGAAGCACCUCUCAGUGCUGCAGAAAGUGAGCGGAUGCCCGGAGGAGCUCAGGGAGUCUAUAUCAUCUCUGAUGUUUGCUGCUGCAAGAAUUUCUGAUCUACCAGAGUUACGUGACCUUCGUCAAAUAUUUCAGGAUAGAUACGGAAGUUCCCUAGAAUGUUAUGUCAAUCAAGAGUUUGCUACAAAUUUGAAUUCAAAGUCUGCUACGUUGGAGAAGAAAGUUAACUUGAUGCAAGAUAUCGCUUCAGAGUUCUCAAUAAAAUGGGAUUCCAAAGCUUUUGAAUUAAGAAUGUCAAAACCCUCUGUUUCUGUACAGGACCACAGUAAUUUUAAGUCUAAAGACGGCAUUGUUCGUGAUAUAUCAUUACAAGGCAAGGAUGCUACCCUGAAAGGAGUCAAGUUUGAAAGAAGUCAUGACCAUCCUAAUGACAUGCACAAAUUUCAGAACAGAAAGGAGUCUCUCUCAAAAGGAGAUGAAAAUGAUCUUCGUUCUAAAUCCAAACUCCCAAAUUCUGCAAAUGGAUUAAAGACACUAAGCAGUUAUGAUGAAGUCAGUUUGAAAAGGGAUAUCCAUGGCAGUCCAUUGCCUGGAAGUGAUAGAGGGGGGUAUCGGAAUGAGGGUGGUAUGCUAAAACCAAUUGGAUGUUCUUCCAAGGAUAAAAAAGAGAAACAAUUUGAAGGUGGUUCCAAUCUGCACGAUAGUUGGGGGAAUGCUAGGCGUGUAAAAGAAAGCCACGAUCCUACCACUUCUAGGAAAUCUCCUGUUCAUGCUGGAUUUCGUUCAAAUAACAAUGUGAAUGAGCCAUAUGUUAAUCACGGUGGCAUUCUUGAUGUUGAUGACUCGGAGAGAAAAAGUCAAAAGAAUGAAACUCCUAGGGUAAAGCCCUUCUACAGUAAUGCCAUCCCACCACCUUAUGUAAAACCUAAUUCAAAACGGAAGAACAGCACGCAUGGAACCAAUUCAGUAUCUUCAAACAUUGAUAGUGAUGGCAUCCCUGCUUACCCUUUGGUGCAUGAAAAGCGUGAUGCUGCUCCUACAAUGGACAGGAUCCAAUCAGGUUUGAAUGAUUCUGAACGGGAUUUGCAAACCAUUCGACAUGCGAGACCGAGUAAACAGGGUCAUGAAAAAGAACUCUUUGCUCAGGAAGAUGCCACGGAGGUCGUUGUACUAAAACAAAAAUCGAUGAGACGGAAGCACUCAAAAUCAAGAUCUAUUCACAAUGAUGAUAGUAGUGAAGAUGCUGAAGUUGUGAGAAAACAUAGGAGCAGGAGACGAGACGAACAAAAACGCGGCCUGCAAAUUCUGUUUGAUGAUGAGCAGCAUAAAAAUGAUGAAGAGGAAAGGAUUAUAGAUAGAUUACUGAUCCAUUAUAGCAAAAAGCCAUCCAUCAAUGUGCCUGAAAAAGCAAGAAGAAAGUCUCGAAGUCGCCAUGCACACCAAAUAGAUAAGAAUGGAAGCAGGGAGGGACCUGAUGAGACACCAGAGAUGGCUACUCGACCACCGAGAUCAGUUUCUCUUCCCCGUGAUCAAACAGAAGCAGUGGAAGUAAAAAAGGUAUAUGCUCGUGCUGCUUCAUUUCAGCCUGGGAGAUCGAACGAAGCUCGGCAUGUACAUCCCAAUUUACCUGACUAUGAUGACUUAGCUGCUAGGAUUGCAGCCUUGAGAGGAACAUAA